AUUUUACCUGUGUCACGUGAUCCGAAUACCUUGGCAGCGGAGGAAAGCAGCCAAGUGGAGCCCGGGAUAGGAUUAGAUCAGAUUGAAAACGUUUUUUAUUAAAAAAGUAAAUAUGUCUACUAAAACGGCUCCCAAAAGCCAAUUGAGAUUAGAAUGGGUAUACGGAUAUCGUGGACAUCAAUGCAGAAAUAAUUUGUAUUAUAAUGCUGCUAAAGAAGCCGUCUACUUUGUUGCGGGUGUCGGCAUCGUAUACAAUCUUAGGGAGCAUCGCCAAAAAUUCUAUUUAGGCCAUGAUGACGAUAUAAUAAGUCUCACGUUGCAUCCAGAAAAGAUGCUCAUUGCAACUGGUCAAGUUGGUAAGGAACCGUAUAUUUGUGUUUGGGACUCAAUGACAGUACAGACAGUAUCCAUAUUAAAGGGAGGCCAUAAGCAAGGAGUUGGUGCUUUAGGAUUUGAUAGUAACGGAAAUAGACUCGUCUCAGUAGGCCUUGACACACAUUCAACCAUAAAUGUCUGGGAAUGGAGGAAAGGCAGAGUUCUCGCAACUGUAAGAGGUCAUUCUGACCGAAUAAUGGACAUUCAAUUCUCUCCACAUGAAGCUGAUUCUAUUGUCUCUUGCGGAGUGAAGCACAUUAAGUUUUGGACAGUUUCAGGGAAUACUCUGAAUGCAAAAAAAGGGGUUUUCGGAAAGACUGGUGAGAUUCAGACAAUGCUUUGUGUAGCAUUUGGCGCUGACGGUAUCACCUACGCUGGAACAUUGAAUGGGGAUAUCUAUGUAUGGAAAGGAAAUAAUUUAUCGAGUGUAGUUAGAAAUGCUCAUAAGGGAGCUGUUCACACAAUGGAAGCAUCUCCUGAUGGAUUUGCAUCUGGUGGUAAAGAUGGAACUGUCAAGUUGUGGGACAAUGAUUUCAAGCCUAUUAAGACAACGACAUUAAGCUCAGAGCAAAAACUUGUUGUUAGAAGUGUUUGUUGGAGAGGAGAUAAAGUGUUAGCAGGCACUCAAGACAGUCAAAUAUUCGAAAUUGGGUUAUCAGAAAAAGAUAGGCCUAAGCCAAUAAUGCUCGGUCACGCUGAAGGUGAAUUAUGGGGUUUAUCGGUUCAUCCUAUAAAACCUAUUUUUGCCUCCGCAAGUGACGAUCAUACGCUUCGAAUUUGGAAUAUUCAGGGUAAUCAAAUCCUAAAUCAGACUACUCUGGAUCAUCCAAUAAGAAGCUGUGGUUUUAACAAUGAUGGUACACUUAUUGCGGCAGGAUUGAUGGAUGGUUCCUUUAUGGUGCUGCGAACAAAAGAUUUAAGUCAAGUAAUUCAUACAAAGGACAGACAAGAAGUAGUUCAUGAAUUAAAAUUUUCACCGGAUGGAGCUUUCCUAGCUGUAGGAUCCAAUGACAACUUUGUUGAUAUUUAUGCUGUAAAUCAAAGAUUUAAAAGAGUUGGUCAAUGCUCAGGAAGUUCUAGUUUUAUAACUCAUUUAGACUGGAGCGAAGAUUCUAAAUAUAUUCAAACUAAUAGCGGAGCAGCUGAACGACUAUUUUUUAGAAUACCAGCUGGAAAACAAGUUACCAAUGCCGAAGAAAUAAGAACUAUUCGAUGGGCUACCUGGACAGGAGUUUUAGGUCCAGAAGCGAAUGGUAUAUGGGAAAAGUAUACAGAUACCAAUGACAUCAACGCAACGGACGCUCACUUUGGAACGGAAUGUAUCGUUACAGGAGAUGAUUUUGGAAUGGUAAAAUUGUUCCGCUUUCCGUCCCUAAAAAAAGGGGCCAAAUUCCGAAAAUACGUUGGACAUUCAGCCCAUGUGACCAAUUGCCGUUUUUCGUCUGAUAAAUCAAGAGUAAUUACAACUGGAGGGGGAGAUCAUGCAAUCUUUCAAUGGAAAUUUUUGCCUGAAGGUAUUGCGGAUGAAGAAGAUGAUCUUUCAAACCAGAAUGCUUAUGCUGAUUCAAAUUCGGAAGAUUCUGAUUCAGAUUUAUCAGAUGUUGCCGAAAUUGACUCGGAUAUAGAAUCGGAGAGGCAGCAAAAUUACGACAGAAUUAUAUCUAAAGACGAUAUUGCCUCUUUAAAAGCCAGUAUGAAGAAAGAGCUAGGUGCUGGACAAAAGAGAGGAAGAGCACCGUCAGAUGGAGUUCAAUUGCACUUCGUUCAUGGUUAUAGAGGUUUUGAUUGCAGAAAUAAUGUUUUCUACCUGCAGAGUGGAGAAAUAAUUUAUCAUGUAGCAGCAGUUGCUGUUAUUUAUAACCGAGAAAAGCAUUCACAAAAAUUCUAUGCAGAACAUACAGACGACAUUCUUUGCUUGUCAGUUCAUCCAACGAAAGAUAUCGUGGCAACAGGCCAAGUUGGAAAAGAUGCUGCAACUCACAUUUGGGAUGCGUCCACUAGAGCUACACUUUCUAUUUUAAAAGGUAUACACGAAAGAGGAGUCUGCGCUGUAGAUUUUUCUACGAACGGUCGUCUAUUGGCAACUGUUGGCCUGGACGACAGCCAUAUGAUUGUUAUAUCGGAUUGGAAAAAAGGUGAAAAAUUGGCAUCUACCCGAGGUCACAAAGACAAAAUAUUCACUAUUAAAUGGAAUCCCCAUGAGGAGGGAAAGCUAAUAACCGUUGGUAUGAAGCAUAUCAAAUUUUGGACUCAAGCGGGAAGCGGUUUCACUUCCUCUAGAGGUACAUUUGGUAAUGUUGGAAAAUUAGAUAGUAUGAUGUGUGCCGCUUUCGGUAAGACGCCCGAGAUAGUGUUUACCGGCGGGGGUAACGGCCAAGUUUACAUUUGGGCGGGAACAAGUCUUAAAAAAGUCGUUAAAGCUCACGAAGGUCCAGUACUUGCGAUGCAUGGGUUGGAAAAGGGAUUUGUCACUGGUGGUAAGGACGGUGUUAUAGCUCUGUGGGAUGAGUCUUUCGAGAGAUGCCUGAAAACUUAUUCGCUAAAGAGGUCAUCUCUGGCUCCAGGUUCCAGAGGUACCUUUGUUUUUGAGCAUCCAGCUGUUAGAGCGGUUGUUCUUGGCCAUGGUUAUCUUAUUGCUGGGACUAAGAAUGGCGAAUUGGUUGAAAUAGACAAAUCAGGCAAUAUGCAAGUUUUGAUUCAAGGUCACGGUGAGGGUGAACUCUGGGGCCUUGCAACUCAUCCAAACGGACUUUACGCAGCAACCGUAUCUGAUGAUAGAACGGUUCGGCUAUGGGAUUUGAAAGCGAAUCGUAUGGUCAAUUGCCGUGUCUUGAAACAAACAGCUAGAGCUGUUUGUUUCUCCCCAGACGGCAAAGCUAUAGCAGUAGGAAUGAAAAAUGGGUCAUUCACCGUAAUGAAUAGCGAUUCAUUAGACGAUAUCGUUACAUUCCAUCACAGAAAGCAAGAUAUUUCAGAUAUAAAAUUUUCUCCUGAUCCUGGCAAAUAUCUGGCUGUCGCUAGCCAUGAUAAUAACGUUGAUAUUUACAACGUUCUCAGUUCGAAAAGAGUCGGCGUUUGCAAGGGAGCUUCCAGCUACAUUACUCACGUUGAUUGGGAUUCAAGGGGAAAGCUAUUGAUGGUUAAUACAGGGGCUAAGGAACAACUGUUCUUUGAGGCACCCAGAGGAAAACGACAAACUCUAAGAAGCGAAGAGGUAUUGAAAUUGAAAUGGAAUUCUUGGACAGCUGUCUUGGGUACCAUGUGUGAGGGAAUAUGGCCACCUGGAGCUGAUGUUACGGAUGUAAAUGCCUCUUCUCUUUCUAGUGAUGGUAAAAUCUUAGCAACUGGAGAUGAUUUUGGAUAUGUAAAACUUUUUCACUUUCCUUGUAAUGGAAAGUUUGCCAAAUUUAAAAAGUACGCCGGUCAUAGUGCCCAUGUGACUAAUGUACGUUGGACCUGCAAUGACGAUUUAUUAGUAUCCACUGGGGGUGGCGAUACAAGCAUUAUGGUAUGGAGCCAGAAGGACAGAGGUAACGAUUGUGGCGCUUCUGACGAUAGCGAUACGGAUGAAGAAGAGGAAGGCUAUGAUAGCGAUGUGGCCCGAGAAAAGAAUAUCGAUUAUACAUCGAAAACUUAUGCUAAUCCUAUUAGGCAAAACCUGUCUGGAACGAAACCUCAAGAACAGGAAUACGAAGAGCACGGUCAAGAAGUUAGUAGAGCGACUAAAAAUAAAAAGAGAGUCGCCCUGAAGAAUAAUGACUCAAAGAAGAAGAGACCUUCCCAUGUGACGAAUCUUACACUGGAGCAUAUAUUUGGUUAUAGAGGAUGGGAUACUCGUAAUAAUCUCUUCUAUACUCAUGACGGUAACGACGUUGUCUAUCACGCUGCGGGAGCAGGAAUUGUUCACAAUACAGCCAGUGGUCAACAAUCAUUUUAUACAGAACAUACAGACGAUAUCAUCUGUUUGGCAAUUAAUGAACAUCCAAAAUUCAAAGGUAUCGUCGCAACUGGUCAAAUCGGAAAUGAACCAGAAAUAAACGUAUGGAAUUCAAAUACUCUGAAGACACUUAGUGUUCUCAGAGGCAAACACAAGAAAGGUAUUUGUUCAUUAAGCUUUUCGGCAAGUGGUAAAUUAUUAGCCUCGGUUGGAUUGGAUAAUGAAAGAACAAUUAUUGUUUAUCGAUGGCAAGACGGAAGUGAGGCGGCAUCCUUCUCAGAAACAACGCCCAGAAUAUUUCAUUGCGCUUUCCGACCCGACUCGGAUUCGACAUUUGUUACAGUUGGUGUCAAACAUUUGAAGUUUUGGACUCUAGCUGGAAGUCAACUAGUUGGAAAGAAGGCCAUUCUGAAAUCGGAGCAAAAGAUGCAAACAAUGCUCUCAGUUGCUUUUGGUUCAAAUGAUAUGACUUAUACAGGAGCAAUGAACGGAGAUAUUUUUGUCUGGAGGGGUCAGAAGCUGGAAAGAGUUGUUGUAAAGGCUCACUCUGGUCCUAUAUUCUCCAUGUAUACAACGCUACGCGAUGGUCUGAUCGUGACAGGGGCAAAGGAGAUACGAUCAAAGGACUCAGCUCCUGUGAAACUGUGGGAUCAGGAAAUGAGAAAGAACAAACCAUUCCAUUUGCCAUUUGAUUCAAAAGUAGUCGUUGUCAAAACAGUCUGCAGGCAAAAAGGAAAAAUAGUUGUAGGAACCAAGGACUCGGAAUUUGUUGAAAUUAAUGAGAAGACAGGAGAGUGCAGAAGUUUACCUUGUGGGCACGGAGAAGGUGAACUAUGGGGUCUCGCAGUGCAUCCAAAUUUGCACAAAUUCGUGACAGGAUCGGAUGAUGGAACUCUCCGCCUCUGGGAUAUUGACAACCAUACCCAAUUGGGAAAACUGACAACAGGCCCAGCCAGAUCUGCUCAUAUUGCACCCAACGGCCGCUUAAUUUCUUGCGGGUUGAAGAACGGUGGUUUCCUCUUAAUUACCACCGAGACAUUUUCCAUUGUUGGACAAAAACGCGAUCGAGGUAGAACCAUUAAUGAUAUAAGAUUCAGCCCGGAUAGUUCUAGGCUGGCUGUUGCUUCUGAGGAUGGUUACGUUGACAUCUACGAUGUUACCGAACGAUUGGAAGAUGUCAGAAAGAUAACAUUUUGCACUUUGCAAUCUCCAAUUUACAUACUGGAUUUUUCUGCUGAUAGUCUAUUUAUCAGGGCGGCUACUGGCCAAUAUAUUAACAGAGUAUUUGAUGUAAAAACUGGAAAAGAGGUCAAAGACUCCAGUCGAAUCGAUAAAAUUACUUGGUAUUCUUGGAAGAGCAUCCUCGGUGCUGAAGUUGUUGGUAUUUGGCCAAGAGGAGCUGAAAAGGCCGAAGUUAAUUGCUGUCAUGUUUCUAAUGGAGGUAAUGCAGUUGCUACAGGAGACGAUAACGGAUUGGUCAAACUAUUCAACUUUCCUUGCUCUGAAAAAUACAGUCCUCAUCAAACUUAUACGGGUCAUUCGGCUCAUGUCACCAACGUUUGGUUUACCCACGAUGAUCGUUACUUAGUUAGUACUGGAGGUGAUGACUCAUGUGUUUUCGUUUGGCGAUGCAGAUAAUUUCGAUUUUAGGAAUCGUCAGUAGUUUUAUAGAUGAAAAGUAAUUUUUUUUACCGUAUAUAUAUAUAUCUCGUACUCUUUUGUUACGUCUGUGAUAGCCAUCAAGACUUAAAUUAUCUGUCUCGAUUGUAGAACUAUUAUAUGUCUUCUUUUUUUUGUAAAGACUCUAUUGCUCAAAUAAAAUUAAACAACGUAUUUUGUUAUUUCUAUUUGAAUAACAUACUUAGUAAAAAAAAUACAGUAAUACACAAGUUUUAGUUGAAGUUAUUGUAUA